CCUGAAUUCUCCUCGGUUUGACCUUUCUCUCUCUCUGUAGAAAGCGUGCUUCAAUGACAUUCCAGUUACUCAUGUAAGCUAGUGUUAGUUCUGAGCAAGAUAUAGAAAUGGCUUUAUAUUCUUUAUUUCGAUCUGUCAGGACAGAAGUAGUCAAGGGAUGUCUCACGCAGCACGUUCAGUCUCUUUACACCAGCUGCCCAAGUUUAGCAGCAGAUAAAGCACUUCUCCUGAAAUUACGUAAAUCUACAGGCUAUACCUUCAUCAACUGCAAAAAGGCACUGGAGAAAUUCAACAAUGAUGUUACACAGGCAGAAAGCUGGCUCCAUGAGCAGGCCAAAAAAGAGGGCUGGAGUAAAGCGAGUAAACUGGAAGGUCGGAAAGCCAAGGAAGGGCUGAUUGGUCUCAUAAUGGGUGACAAUGCGGCUGUCAUGGUUGAGGUGAACUGUGAGACAGAUUUUGUGGCGAGGAAUGAGAAAUUCCAGCAGUUAGUGAAAGACGUUGCUCUGUCAGUAAUGGCUCAUCACAGCAACAAAAAACAGACAGGAUAUAUUAAGAGUGUGCUGUCUUCUGAGGACAUUAGUAAGCUCCACGUUCCUGAGGGACCCUUACUGGCAGAUCAGAUAGCCUUGACUAUAGGCCGAUUAGGUGAGAACAUUGGCAUGCGGCGGGCCGUAUCACUUGGUGUGCCCUCUGAUUGGCACAUUGGCUCAUACAUUCACGGGGCAGUUCCUGGACAGGCUGGCAUUGAGAUGGGACGCUAUGGAUCGCUUGUUGUGUUUCAAGGUGGACCUAAGGAUGGGACGGAUGCUCUGGGAAGGAAGCUAGGGCAACAUAUAGUGGGCGAAGCUCCUGUUUCUCUUGGAAACAUGGAUGAUAUACCAUGUGGGGAAUCUGAGACGAGACUUUUGCCCCAGACCUUCCUCCUAGAUCCCAAAUAUACUGUGGGACAGUACCUGACUCUACAGAAUGCACGUGUGCUUGACUUCAUACGCUUCCAGUGUGGAGAGGUCAUCAGUCAGGAGGAGUGAGCAGAGCUGUUUGAAUGAGAAAAUAUAUUUCAUUAAAGGAUAAACUUCAA